AUGACAAUGUGUGAACCUCUUUACUAUCUCAAUAGUAUCUUUUGCUGUGCCGCUCAGAAUGGAAGAGUAGACAUACUGGAGUAUCUUACCAAGAGAUUCCAAACCUAUCAGUGGAAUUACUAUAGAGCAAUGAUACGGUCACCACUCUCUCGCAAUAUCGAUCUUCUCAAACAUCUUGUCGAGAAACAAAAGAGUAAUAAUGGAGUGUUUCAAACCGAUGUAAAAGUGAUUUGUACAGUGUUUGACAAUGCUGCACUGGUUGGUCGUAUCGAUAUGAUUGAGUUUCUUGUUAGCGAGACACCACAAUACCUUGACAAGAGCAAAAUGUAUGAAUAUUCAAUCAGAGGUGGACAUUUGCAUGUCAUUGAAUAUCUACUACGAGAACACCGACACUUGGCUGAUAAGGAUGGUAUCGAAUUGUUGGAUAUGGCAGCACUUGAGAAUCAACCAGAGAUUAUCAAGUUUUUAAUCAACAAUAAUAUAAAGACAUGUUCCGUUUUGUUGAUGAAUUUCACAGCGGAAUUUGGUAAUUUAGAUUUAUUGCAAUUCUUGCAUCAGAAUACAACCGCUGGAAUAAGUUCACAUGCUAUGGAAAAGGCAGCAUCCAACGGACACUUUGACUGUUUAAAGUGGUUGAAUUCCAACUAUGCCAACUUUGAAGGAUGGACAACUCGAGUGAUGGAUCUUGCUGCAGCUCGUGGUCAUUUUGAUAUCGUCCUAUGGUUGAACCAAAAUAGAACAGAAGGUUUCUCUGACAUGGCAAUAACUGAAGUUAUUUUCGGUUGUGGAAGACUGGAUAUAAUCGAUUGGCUAUUUCAAAAUCAAACAGGAUCUAUCAAUAGCUACAGCUUUAUGGAAGAAGCAGCUCACGUUGGAAGCUUGGAGAUCUUGACAUACCUUCGUGACAAGCAGUGUCCUAGUAGCUAUAAUGUAAUGAACAAGGCCAUUUGGAGUGGCAGAGUCAGUAUUGUACAAUGGUUGUACGAGAAUAGAAUUAUUCAGGAAUUCAAACAAUUCACACUUGAAGUUGCAGCUUUUGCAGGUUAUACCAAUGUUGUCAAAUAUAUUGUCGAGAAUUCCACUGGUUUCUCAGUGGACAAGGCCAUUUGCAGCGCUAUCAGAUCCAAUAGUUUCGAGGUUGUAAAUAUUCUGUUUGAACAUAUCACACCAGACACUCUCAGCAUAAGCAAUUACCAAGAUAUUGCUGCAAUGUCUGAAAACAUCGAUAUUCUAAAAUGGCUAAAUUCAAGAACUAUUUGCACUAUUAAAACAACUACUUUCAAAUCGAUAAUAAGCAAAGGAAAUCUUCCACUUGCAAAGUUGAUUUUAAACUAUAUCGGUAAAGAACAAUGUGGUUUCAUUAUUGACGAUCUUUUCAAAAUGGAAGCAUUCACAUCUGACCUAUUCAAGUUCAAUCAAUAUGAAAUAGUUGAGUGGAUUUUAGAAACAUUCCAAGAUAUUUCAAAAGGUGAACUUGAAGCCUAUAAACAAAUGUUGGAAACUAAAUAUCCAUUUUCAGUAGAAACAAUUGAAAUUAUUAAUAAAUUUAUUAAAUUAGAAUAG